AUGGCGAAGACGCCCAGCGAGCCGCGGCUGCGCAUCAACACCAAGAGCGCGGGUAAGGGCAAGCGCAGGGACGUGGCGUGCAUGACGGAGAUGUUUGCGCUGUUGACGUGUUACAAGACGAAUAGCUUUGAGGAGGGCAAGUGCGCGAGCGCGAGAAAGGCGCUGGACUCGUGUUUGGAAUUGCGCGCCAAGGCGCCGAAGAAGAUGAACACGAUCAAUCAUCAUCUAAAUAGGUUGGCGAGGAUGACGAAAAAGUAG